AUCGAAGGUUAUCUGAAGGUCACAGACGAUUCUCCGAUUCCGGAUCUCGCGUAAUCUCGAGUGGUCAGUCGUGAAUUUCACUUUCAUCACAAGCCGGCGUUCUGCAAGCCGUUACACAAUUUUACGUGAAACAAACAACUCGUCACACUAGUCACAAAAUGGGUCGUAAGUUCUGCGUUGGAGGAAACUGGAAGAUGAACGGCGAUAAGGCCAGCAUCACCGAGCUGUCCAAAACGUUGUCGGCUGGACCGCUCGACCCCAACACCGAGGUGGUUGUUGGCUGCCCAGCACCGUACCUGACGCUCGCCCGUUCCCUGCUUCCGGAAACGAUCGGAGUGGCCGCACAGAACUGCUACAAGGUACCGAAGGGUGCCUUCACGGGAGAAAUCUCCCCGGCCAUGCUGAAGGAUCUUGGUCUCGGCUGGGUUAUUCUCGGUCACUCGGAGCGACGGGCUAUCUUUGGUGAAACCGAUGAGCUAAUUGCCGAAAAGGUAGCACACGCCCUUGCGGAGGGCCUUAAGGUCAUCGCGUGCAUUGGCGAGACGCUGCAGGAACGUGAAGCCGGUCAGACGGAGGCGGUGUGCUUCCGCCAAACGAAGGCCAUCGCCGCCCAGGUGAAGGAUUGGAGCAAUGUUGUAAUUGCUUACGAACCAGUGUGGGCCAUCGGCACGGGCAAGACGGCUACACCGGAGCAGGCACAGGAGGUUCACGCCGCCUUGCGAAAAUGGUUUACCGAGAACGUGUCGGCCGACGUUUCCAAUGCCAUCCGCAUUCAGUACGGAGGCUCCGUUACAGCAGCAAACGCCCGGGAGCUUGCAGCCAAGCCGGACAUUGAUGGUUUCCUGGUCGGCGGUGCAUCUCUUAAGCCGGAAUUUAUUCAAAUCGUCAACGCCAGACAGUAGAUUGUUUCGUCGUCGAACUACCCGGAUGCGGUUGAACGGAACACGCGUAAUGGUCUAAAGGUGUCACAUCUCGUUUUAUGUUAAGUACCCAACACUACUCAUUGUACAUGCAAUGAACAAAUUGUUACGUUAAGAACCAACACUAAAAGUCAUUCUUUCAAUAAAGGCAUGUUUCAG